GACCUGACCAGAUGAUGCACAGAGAUGUGUAUAUUCACCUUAAGUAUACCACUACCAACAAAAAAAUACUGUUACAUGCUGUGUUUUGUUUUUUUGUCUUCAUAGCAUCAGUGGAAAUUUAUAUCUUAAACUCUUCCAUUUUUGCUCUCUUCAUUUCCAGCCAAAUGGAACAAGAUAUUCCUGGUGUGUCCUAUUCAGAAGUGCCCCAGAGAGAAACGCAGUGGCAGCUGUUCAGCUCAUCUGCAUAUUCAAGCCAGGAAUCUGGAACACUAUUAGAAGGACUGCUACACAUACCAGUAAAAAAUGCCG